AGUCAAACAAACAAAAUUCAGUUACCAAAGGAGCAUAAGCAAAUCCUUGGACUGAUCCAGAGGUUUCUUGUACUUCAGAUUUACAUACCCCUGGGACAGGACUUCUCCACUGAAUUGCUAAUUACUGAUUUAGGGAACAUCAAAAGAAGAUUGUAUUUAUCAACGGUACAUAAGGAACUAUCCUCAACCCCUCUUCAUGCAAAAAUCCCACUCUUCAUGAUCAAGCGCAAAAUUUGGUGCAAUCUGUGUAUUGACUUGGUAGCAUUCACCAGUGAAAUAUUCAAGGGAGCAGUUUUCCAAUCAUUGGAUGGAAUUAUUGUCUCAGCUAAUUGUAAGCUACGGAAGAUCUUCACCUUAAAAUCAAAGCCUCAAGACACUGCUGAUAAAGAUGAUGAAGCCACAGACAUUAUUCCUCGAAGCUGCCAACUAGCAACAGAUGUUCCACAUGUCACACAGCUGCUAAAUGUGACUAAACUUCGCCAAACGGAAAUCAAGUUCGGAGGUCAUCCUUUAAGAUCAGCAGAAUCAGACCAGUUCAUCAGUAGAGGAGCAAGUAGUGUCCGGAACAGUAAAAAUCAAGAUGUCUGUCAUAUCGCCUUUGGAUCCAAAGUUCUUGGACCCCCUCCACUUUCUGGCAGAAGGAAUCACAUGAGGUUAUCCAGUGAGACAGUAAGAUCCCUUGGGUCCAAAAAUAGCCGAUUGUGCCAGCAGCCCACAGUAGAGAAGUGUGUUAACAGUGCAGAAAUGUCAACCUCACUCAUACCUGAGCCUGAAGAACAAGGAGAUAAAGAAAAUAUUCGCCAAAUAAAGCCGAUUGUACCUAUUCAUGCCAAUCUACCUAUUAUGCAUCCACAUCCCCCUCAAGAACCAUCAGCAGAUAAGAAUAAUAACAGAAGAAGAUUCCGGUUAAAAAGCACCAGCAGAGAAAGGACAGAGACACCCAGCGGCAGUUCUUCAGAAAAUAACAGGAAUGAAGAUGAAGCAAGAACAACCCUCACCACUGUGACCCAACAAAAAGCCGAGACACUGAAGUCCAGGACUCUAGGAACCCAGUCUCCUGACCAAGCAGAUGAGUGGAUAUUUCCUGAAAGUGAAGAUCACACUGCCCAUUCAGCAUCUGGCAUGCAGUCUCUGCCUCUAGAUGAUGGCUCCUCUUUUUCAUCAGACCUGUGGCAGGAAGCCAGCAAGGACAGUGAACCUGACCAACAGGCAGAGGAAACCCAGAUGAUUCCAAAGGACAUUUUCACUUUUUCAUCUAGACCACGAUCAGCACCUCAUGGGAAGACUCAGAAGAUGUCCCCAGAGGAGUGUUCAUUGAUUUUGGAUCUAGGAAAGGAUACCAGCGUGACAAGGACAGACACCCAAUUGGAGGAUGAUUUUUAUGGCGGUGACAGCAGUGAAGAGGAUUACAACUGGAGAAACUAUCAGCCCAGCCAGAUGAGUGAAUCUGAGUUGCAGAUGCUGGCAAGCCUACGACGGCAGCAGAACGAAGAACUGGAAGACAUGGGGGCUCCCCAUGGCCUCAGUGCAUCCCAGGUUGACAACUGUAAUGUCAGCAUAAGUACCAGCAGCGAUGACACAACCACAUGGAACUCUUGCCUGCCACCUCCUGUUAACCAGGGCCGUCACUAUCAGAAAGAAAUGAAUCCACCUUCUCCUUCUAACCCUCGGGACUGGCUAAACAUGCUGAGCCCACCAAUUGUUCCUCCCAGUCAGCAGACAGUGGAGCAGCAUCCAGAUUCCUCUGGAAGUUUGAGUGCUCAAGGUGAAGAAGACCUGAGUGUAGAAGAGGAUGAGGAAGUGCUGACUCUGUUGUAUGACCCAUGUCUGAACUGUUACUUUGAUCCCCAGACUGGGAAAUACUACGAAUUGGUAUGACCCCUCCUUCCAGGGCUCAGAGUGGCCACCAGCUCCA